GGUAGAUGGUGCCUAAUGUCGUCCAAUCACCAAAUAGUUUGUUUGAUAGUGAAGCAGCUCGAUAGCGUUGGGCUGACGGUGUGGUGAAGGAAGGCUGUGCCAGCAUGGGUGUGUUAUCCACGCUGAUGAGGGGGCUGGUGCGAGGUGCUGACAGGAUGUCUGAGUUCACGAGCAAGCGUGGAUCAAGGACUCAUAAUAAAGGCAGGGGCGCCAGGCCCGCUGGACGGAAUCUCCCCAGCUCCAAGUUUCUAGCCAUUCGGGCCAUGAUUCCGGAGUUUGUGGUGCCUCCUUUGGAGGGAUUCAAACUCAGACCAUAUGUCUCAUACCGUGCCCCGAAAGGAACAGAACCUCCACUCACAGCACAGAGUCUGUUCGAUGAAGUUGUGGCUCCUCAGAUCAAACAGGACUUGGAAGCAGGCACUUUCAGCAAAGACCAGCUAGUGAAGUAUGGAUUUGAGCCCACACAGGAGGGGAAGCUCUUCAAGCUCUAUCCAAAGAAUUAUGUACGUUAAUGAUGGAUUUCCAAAGACUCGCUGAUUCACUGGGGACUGAAAGCUGCAGAUCAACUGAUGAGGGCCCCUUCUAGAAAAUCAACUACUACAUAAACUGUUCAGGAAAAAGGCCUUGUCUUACAGGUUUUGUUAUUUGAUGACCUGGAAAAAUAAAACAAAAAGCAUGAUUAAUACUG